AUGAACGAGGAAGUGAAGCGGGAACAGGAUGAAAGAGCUGAAUAUGUGAAGAAUAUUGGAAUUGAAUAUCGAUUUGGGUGCUAUGAGGUGCGAUUUUCAAGCUUUGUAAAUGCGAUUUUCAAAAUCAGCGCAGAAUUUUGAUCUAGAAACAUUUUUCAAACCAAGUUUUGUAGUUCUCGAGGACAAAUCAAUUUUCCAACCCAAUUGGGUUGGAAAAUUAACUUGUCCUCGAGAACUACACAUUUUUUUUGGAAAAUUGAAAAAACUUUCUAGAUUGAAAUUUCGCGCUGAUUUCAACAAAAUAGGUCUCCGGGCCAGAAUUUCACGCUCUUUCUUGAUUUUCACUCCUCAAAAAAAAUCCCCCAAUUUUUCCAGGAAAAACGUGCCGAAUCAUGUCAACUUCUCGGCGAAUACAUGGAAGCCCUCCAAUCGAAUUUCAAAGCCGCUUUUCAAGUUUUCAAGAAAAAUUGCGAGGAAAAAGAAUAUCCGAAAAGUUGCUUCAAAUAUGGAAUGUAUUUAUUAUCUGGAAAAGAAUGUGAACCGAGUUUGAAGCAAAUGAAUAAACCGAUGAAAAUUGCGUGUGAUGCUGAUAUUAGACAGGGUUGUAGGUAGGAUUUUUGAAAUCAGCGCGAAAAUUUGAUCUAGAAACAUUUUGUGAAAAAUGAUAUCAUUUAAUUGGUGAUUCGAAAUUAGCAAGAAGACCAAAGCGCAAAAAUGAUAUCAUAGUAAUUAUUUGAUUUUUUUCUACUCCAAGUUUUGUAGUUCUCGCGGACAAGCUUAUUUUUUUUUAUUUUCCAUACCAAAAAUUGGGCUGGAAAAUUUCAAUGCAUUUUUUUUCCAACCCAUUGUUUUGGUAUGGAAAAUUCGCUUAUCCUCGAGAACUACAAAACUAGGUAUGGAAAAAUGGUUAUAGCCUUACUUGUUGCGCAGGAUUUGAAAAUAGUAAUUUCAAGCCUUGUUUUCCUCUAUUUUUUUUUUUGAAAAAAAACAACCUGAAAUUAAAAUUUGACUGAAAAUUUGAAAAUUUCCAGAUAUUUAUCCUUGGUCUAUUGGAAUGGUGAAAAAGAUCGAGCUGCAGACUCAAAAUCCGCCGAAAAAUAUAUGAAAAAAGCUUGUGAAUUAGAAGACGGUGAAGCUUGUUGGCUUUUAAGCACUUGGUAUAUGGGAAAUAAGGAAAAAUUCAAAAUGAAGGCGACUGGAGAGGCUAAGGUACUGUAAUUUUCCCCCUAAAAACCAUGUUUUUACUCAAAAAUACGAAAUUCUUCACAUUUUUCAACCCUCUUUGGUUCUAAAGGCGAUUAAUUUUUGUGUGAUGUAGAUAAGACCCUUAAAAAUGCGCUACGUCACGACCUACAGUACCCCAUGCUCAUUUUUUGUAGGAAUUGGAUCGUACUUCUCUUGGAGAACUUCAAAGGGAUAUGGCGAAAUCGCUGGAAUAUGCCAUAAAAGCUUGUGAAGCUGAUAUACCGCAAAGUUGUGCGAAUGUUUCGAGGUGAUUUUUGAAUGCGGCGCGGCGCGGAAUUUUCAGCCGCGAGGUUUUUUCCGCGACGAAAUCGUUUUUUCCAAGAUUUGGAGUUCUCGAGAACAAGCUUGUAAAAUUUUCCAGCCCAAAUUUUAGUAUGGAAAAAAUCACUCUGCUUCUCUGCGUCUCUUCUAUGAUUUUUUCCACACGAAUUAUUUUUUUUUAUAAAAUAGCUUCUCCUCGAGAACUACACAUUUCGAUGUGGAAACAACUGUCUAGACCAGAAUUUUGCGCUGAUUUCGAAAAUCAUCUCAAAAAUUAUCGAUUUUUGCAGAAUGUAUCGAUUAGGUGAUGGAAUUCCAAAAGAUCUCGACAAGGCGAAAUAUUUUGCCGAAAAAGCCAAAGAAAUUAUGGAUGUUAUGAAAUCGAAAGACACGUCGGCUGGUUUUACAGCAUAG